AUCAUCAAUAGAUGAUGAGACAAAUAAAUCGAAAAACAUGUUGUUGGUGGGGGCCAAUGACGUUGGCCAAAUCAAUAUUUCUCUUGGGCAUUAUUGCGGCAUUUUUCCACGCCAAACUGGUGGAGGGUCGUAAACAUCAUUUGGAAGUGCAGACGGACAGUCGUCCCUACAUUGCUCUAUCCACUUUUGGUUUCUACACCCAUGGCCAUUUGAAUGUAAAAUUAAGUAAUCUAGUCUUGUCAUCGGAGAAAGGCGAUGAAAAUAUUGGUUUGUCUCUGGACAAGACCACCAUCGAUCAAAUGAAUCCCUAUUUGGAUUCACAUCAAAACAAAUGUCUGCUUGAAGAAUCAUCGGGUCUACAAAGAAAUGGUCCGAUUCUAUUCUUUUUGUUCGAUUUGAAAAAGUUACAAGUCCAUGUAAAAUGUUCACCCGAAUGGAGAAAUCAACACAUUUAUCGUGAUUCCUCCAUGUUUCCCAUGUACCGAAAUAAGAGACAAUCAAAAUUGCACGAAGACAAUUUAAUAUUGGGACCAAGACGUCGAAGACGUGAUUUGGCUCCUCACGAUGGUGAGGCUAAUGUCGAUACAAAUGCUGCAGCUGAUGCUGGUGCUGCUGUCGUUGAAAAUUUCGAUGAUGAUGAUGAAUCAUAUGAAGCUCCAUCGAUACCAUCUAAACCCCAAGUACCGGAAAAGAAAGAUGAAGAUAAUGUAAUAUCUGAGGAUAAAUUAGAUGAACAAAAAGUAAUGCCUGAGACUAAAACGAAAGAUGUUAAGGAUAAUGGUGUUGUGGCUGCUGCUGCACCCAAAAGAGAAGAAAAACUAAUCAAACCUAUAGGUGGCGGUGAUGUGCCAAAUCCAGCUGUUAAAGAGACGGUUGUAGCUUCGGGUGAAAAUAUGAUGCAACAGAAUGCCUUCUGUAAUAAUAUGGCAUUGCCAUUGACAAAAACUACAAUCGAUGGGGUUAAUUAUUAUAAUAUGUCGUUCUCCAUGUUCGUAGCCACCUUGCAUGAGGAAGGAUUGUAUAAUUUAUAUUUCCACAAUUGUGAAAAUUAUCACGGAUAUGAGAAGCAGGUUUCGUUUGUGGUUGACAUUGAAGAAAACAACAAUGGCAAUUAUUUGUCUGCCGGUGAAAUGCCCUUGCCUGCUCUAUAUCUUAUGAUGUCCAUUUUAUUCUUUUUAUCUGGUCUAUUUUGGGUGUUUAUUUUAAAGAAGAGCAAGCACACUGUUUACAAGAUUCAUUACAUCAUGGCCGUUUUGGUAUUCCUCAAAUCCCUGUCGUUAAUGUUCCAUUCCAUAAAUUAUCAUUUUAUUGAAAUACGCGGAGAACAUGUUGAAGCCUGGGCUAUUCUAUACUAUAUUGCACAUUUACUUAAAGGAGCUGUACUUUUCAUAACAAUUGUAUUGAUCGGUACCGGUUGGACCUUCAUUAAACACAUACUUUCGGAUAAAGAUAAGAAGAUCUUUAUGGUUGUUAUACCACUACAGGUUUUAGCCAACGUUGCUGAAAUUAUUAUCGAAGAAUCGGAAGAAAGUGAUGUGGAAUUCCGCACAUGGCAUAACAUCUUCAUUUUUGUCGAUUUACUGUGUUGCGGUGCAAUUCUAUUCCCCAUUGUAUGGUCAAUACGUCAUUUGCACGAAGCCUCAGCGACAGAUGGCAAAGCUGCCAUAAAUCUACGCAAAUUGAAAUUGUUCCGCCAAUUUUAUAUUAUGAUUGUUUGUUAUAUUUACUUUACCCGCAUUAUUGUUUAUCUGCUGAAAAUGACAGUGGCAUUCCAAUAUGCUUGGCUGGAUGAGAUGUUCCGUGAAAUGGCCACAUAUGUAUUCUUUGUACUGACGGGUUAUAAAUUCCGUCCAACAUCAUCACAUCCCUAUUUUGCUGUCGACGAUGAUGAUGACGACGACGAGGUGGAGGUGUUGACAGAGUCGGGUCUCACACACAAUACCAUACAUCGUACAAAAGCUCAAUCCCGUAAUAUUGUAUCGGGUACAACCAUUAUCGAGGGCAAUGAUGAGGAGAAGGAGAAUUUAAUAUCGAAACGUGAAUCUAGUCAUGAAUACGAUUAGA